UUUUUUUUUCGUUUUGUUUUGUCUGAACAACAGCUGUUAAAUACAAAAUUUUCAUAUUGCUCCGGCUCCGUAGGGGAUAAGCUUACGCCUGGAAUAAUUUCUAAAACAGUCGUAUGAUAAUAAUGGUAGAAAGAUGAAACCCCAUCUUGGCUCCAGAUAAUGAUUUACAUUCUGACUCCUGUUUGGUAAAAUAGAUUUUUGUCAGCAGACAUCAAAUCGUGGAGCCUUAACUGGCUAGAUACUGAAUAGAGAACAGGAUGAUGAUCAAAGCUUCGUGGACCUAAGCCCCCUGCUGGUUCUAUUAUUUCCCAUUUACAUGUUGAGCAAAUGAUUAAUCUUCCAUGUUUUGCCACAGCAGACCUCGCAAAGGGUGUCGAAUGUCCAUUCUUUAUAAUAGAAGCAAAUUAUUAUUUAUUUAUAUAUAUAUUUUUUGUAAUAUGUGGUAAUGUAGGGCUUGUAAAUGGCAUGUUUAUGUUGAAGUACAUGUACCUGUUUUCAGGUUAGUUCUAUUGAUUGACCACUUGUGGACAUAAUGUGCACAUAUAAUGUGUGCAGCUAUUUAAAAUGUUUGUGUGUGUUUUCCAAAUAAGAGUGACUUUUGGUCAGUUUUCCUAGUUUUCACAGCCCUUGUUGUCAGGUAGAUAAAUAAUUGAUUUGAGUUGGGGAAUGUUAAUCAAAUUAGAUAUGUUCAUUAAAUGCUUCAUUAAAUGAAGUGUUAACUUUCAAGGGCAGCCCGGUUACAUAUGUAUAACUGUGCAUAGCCUUUAGAUGGAUCUGCCUUUUCUGACUGUGGAAGCGGGCAUAGCAUAAACUGUGGUUGCAUUUAUCAGCCAAUCUGUGGCGCUAAGGAUAUGUCUCGCUGUGCUGUAACUACUCUGCACUGUUUCUAUGACCUCCCAGCCAAGAAAGCGUAGGUAAGACAAAUGACUUACCCACGCAGCACAAGAGUUCAGAACCUGCAGUAUGCACAGCCAUUUCAGUUCGCAGCAGAAACCAAUAUGUCAAAGCCUUUUAAUCAUGCCCGUGUCCAAAGCACAGCCAUGGCCACAGCCACAAUCACAGUGACAACUCUGUCGUCCCGUGACCACAGUCUGACUUGUACAGCCUGAGCAGCAGUUUUUAGGCUUGGUGUAUGAGCUCCUCUAGUUAAUUGCAGAGGUAGAAAAUUAUGCUAUAGCUAAAAAGCUGGCUGUAGUCCGUAACGUAAUAUUCUAUAACAUCAGUGUAAAUCUCAGCUGUCGAUGUGUUCGCUCAUCUGAUCUAUUAAUCAGAUGGAUUGUAAAAGGUGUUGCAUUGUGUCUCAAAGGUAUUGUGACCUAAAGCAAAGCCUACUGGGACUCCUUACAGCAAAUCCUUUGCAGUUAAUGACUGUCUGAAGUCUUGAGUCAGAGCAUCUUACCAAAUGAUGUUUCUUCCUGUGGAAUGCAUUGCCCUGCCUUCACUGCAUCUAGCACCAGUACCUGCUUGUUUGUGGGUCUUGUUUGUGCCUUCCGUUUUAUUUCUUUCAGUAAGGGAAAGGUGGGCUUAGUUGGUUUGAAGUUAGGUGAUUGGCUUGUCCAUUUAAGAGCAUUCCACUCCUUUGCCUUAAUAAGCUCUUGGGUUGCUUCCAUGGUUUUAGGUCAUUAUCCAACUGCACCACCAAUCGCCUUCCAAUCAGUUUUGUGUGGGGGAUAAUUUAAGAGGAAGAGAACAUCAAAUUGCAGUUGACUCCAAAUCCCUACAUGCUUAGGUUUGGUAAAGUGGAACAGUUCAGGUAGUGUAGUUAAAAUUUUGAUCAAUUUGCGCUCUUUCUGUACUGUUAAUUUAAAAGGCAAUGGGAAUAUGAAUAUAGUGGCCCAUGUCCAGUACCUAGUAUAUAGAACUAUAUAGUUUAAUCAGUGACAUGCCCAUCUCUUGAGACUGGAUCCUUUGGUUGUUUUUUUUGUUUGUUUUUUUUAAAAUUGACUUGUAUAUAUAUUUUUCUUAAUCUACCAUCCUUGUAUUUGCACCGAAAGCCAAGAGCUGUAAUCACAGCUCAUCUAACAAGGUGGCACUGUUGCUUAGCUACUGGGCUAUUCACUACCCUGAAAGGGUGAUGAGAAGGCAGGGCUUCUUCCCCCUCCUACCACGAGACAACUGUGAAUGCAGCAGGGCAAGUAGUCGUGGUGGAUGCAAUCUAUUGGCUUCUCAGUGCUGCCGCUAAAGUCACAACCCCGACUGUAGCCCGCACUGCCUUUACCAGUGUAUUUCUGUAGCUGCUGGUGCCGCUGCUGCUCUCCCUCCCCCUUAAAUGGUGUGGGCAGAGUGGGAUGGAAGACUGCAUUGGAAACCUUUUCAUGGAAAUGGUCUUUGCUGUUGGUAUUGCUGUAGCACCAUUCUGGUGACAACAACAUGCCGUUGAAAUGGAAAAGCGGUUCUCCUGUCAGCUGGAAAUUCCCAGUGCCAGUUCUUAAGACAUCCAGGUCCUCACCCCUUUCGCCUGCUUACAUAUCCCUCGUGGAGGACGACGACGCUCACAUGAAAGUUGCUCUGGGCUAUGGUGAUAUGGGCAUCUCUGCUCACCUUCAGGCAUCAAAGACUGGAAACACUCGAUUUUUCACAAGCAACACGCACAGCUCAGUGGUUCUUCAGGGAUUUGACCAGCUGAGGAUAGAGGGAUUGCUCUGUGAUGUCACAUUGGUGGCUGGCGACUGUGAUGAAGCUUUCCCUGUGCACCGUGCAAUGAUGGCCUCCUCCUCCGACUAUUUCAAAGCCAUGUUCACAGGUGGAAUGAAAGAACAGGAUUUAAUGUGUAUCAAGCUGCAUGGAGUAAACCGAAUAGGCCUCAAGAAGAUUAUUGACUUUAUCUACACGGCAAAGUUGUCACUCAACAUGGAGAAUCUGCAAGACACACUUGAGGCAGCCAGCUUCUUACAAAUCCUUCCAGUGCUGGACUUUUGCAAGGUCUUUCUCAUCUCUGGGGUUUCUCUGGACAACUGUGUAGAAGUGGGACGCAUUGCCAACACAUACAACCUCACAGAGGUGGAUAAAUACGUCAACAAUUUCAUCCUGAAGAACUUUCCCUCAUUGCUGGGCACGGGGGAGUUUGUCAAGCUACCAUUUGAACGCUUGGCUUUUGUACUGUCCAGUAACAGCUUAAAACACUGCACUGAGUUGGACCUGUUCAAGGCGGCUUGCCGCUGGCUACGCUUUGAAGACAGCCGUAUGGACUAUGCCCCAAAGCUCAUGAAGAACAUCCGCUUUCCUCUCAUGAACCCGCAGGAUCUCAUCAAUCACGUGCAGACUGUGGACUUUAUGCGUACAGACAACACCUGUGUCAACCUUCUCCUGGAAGCUAGCAACUACCAAAUGAUGCCCUACAUGCAGCCAGUUAUGCAGUCAGAACGGACAGCCAUCCGCUCAGACAGUGCCCACCUGGUCACUCUGGGUGGUGUUCUGCGCCAGCAGCUUGUUGUGAGCAAGGAGCUGCGUCUCUUUGAUGAGAGGGCUCACGAAUGGAAGGCGCUGGCGCCCAUGGACGCACCUCGUUACCAACACGGCAUUGCGGUCAUCGGCAACUUUCUCUAUGUUGUGGGUGGCCAAAGCAACUACGACACCAAAGGCAAAACAGCAGUGGACACGGUGUUCCGAUAUGACCCUCGCUACAACAAAUGGAUCCAGGUGGCAUGCCUUAAUGAGAAACGUACCUUCUUCCACCUCAGUGCACUCAAGGGACACCUCUACGCUGUCGGUGGAAGGAAUGCUGCAGGGGAGCUUGCUACUGUGGAGUGCUACAACCCAAGGACAAAUGAAUGGACAUACGUUGCCAAAAUGAAUGAGCCACAUUAUGGCCACGCUGGGACGGUGUACGGUGGUUAUAUGUAUAUUUCAGGUGGAAUCACUCACGACACUUUUCAGAAGGAGCUGAUGUGCUUUGACCCGGAUGCCGAUAAAUGGACUCAGAAAGCGCCCAUGACGACAGUUCGCGGCCUCCACUGCAUGUGCACGGUGGGCGACCGUCUUUACGUGAUCGGAGGCAAUCAUUUCAGGGGCACCAGCGACUACGACGACGUCCUCAGCUGCGAAUACUACUCCCCCGCCCUCGACUUGUGGACACCUAUCGCCGCCAUGUUGCGAGGUCAGAGCGACGUGGGCGUGGCCGUGUUUGAGAAUAAGAUUUACGUGGUGGGCGGCUACUCGUGGAACAAUAGGUGCAUGGUGGAAAUAGUACAGAAGUACGACCCCGAGAAAGACGAAUGGCACAAAGUUUUCGACUUGCCCGAGUCACUGGGGGGGAUCCGAGCCUGCACACUCACAGUUUUCCCCCCUGAUGAUAUGUCGGGCUCACCCUCCAGAGAGUCGCCGCUUUCAGCACCUUGAUGAGCAAAGGGGGUGAGCCCUACUCCGCUCAUACCCCCGUAACCCUUCCCCACCCCCCGACAGCCCCCCUCAACAAACACACCUUAUAGACUUUGUUUGCACUUCCUUUAUGGACAACAUCUGUACUGCAUCCCAAAUUACCCCCAAAGUCCACAUCCCCUAAAGCUGUGCAGAACCCCGCCUCCCACAUCUGCGUGAUGAAAUCUACAUACCAACAUGGUUUGGCAACCUAAUUACAUGUUAAUUUUGCAUACUUGGUAUAUUUUGGCAGGAAAAAAACAACAACAACAAAAAAAAAUAACCUCCACUUGAAAAGUGACUUUGCAAAUCAACUUUUCUACCUGAUGUCCAGACUUUUCUUAUGUCUCGUUUCUUUUGGUGUUCUACCUUGAGAUGUUGACUACCACACUGACUCUCUCUUCUAGUCUAUGCCAGGUUAGAUGCAGGUGACGCCCUCCUCAGACAGCAAACGCAUAGGGACCGAUGAGCUUUUGAAAGACAAGUGGUUUUUAACUCAGGGGUUGGCCCAGGCCCCAUCUUCGUCUCUCUUGCAGUUUCACUUCUUUCCUGCUGUUGGUAUGAAACUGUUAACAAAAAUGGUGUUUUCUAAAUUUAAUAAACAUGAUUUUGAAAGUAA